CCAGCACCAGGGGUCACAUCCGGGAGCCCAGGCUCCCAGCCCCCCUGAGCCCCACUCCUCCAGCAGCUGCCUCCCUGUUAUCAGCUGGUGCUGGGUGGGGAUGAGGCGGGAGGAAUCGAUUUUUCUCUUCCCGCCCCCCCCAUCUUAUCUCUGGCUCUGUUGAACCCACGGGAGAGGAAAGUCCAGGCGGGUGCCUGGAGUUGGGAGCAGCAGCCAGGGUGUGUCCUGGAGCCCCGGCCCCGCACCAUGGACAUUCUGGAGACAGACGCCCGCUACCACCGGAACAUCGCAGCUGAUGCCACAAGCCGCUGCCUCAAACUGCUGCCGUUCCUGGCCUCCUGCGGCCUGUACUUCGCCCUGUGGCUGCCUGAGCCCAGCUGGGUCAGCGCCGGUGUCAAGAGCCUCCCGCUCCUGAGCCUGAUCUUCUUCCUGAAGGCCCAGGCCUGGGGCGAUGGCGCCUGGACCCCCUCGGCGCGCCGGGUCUGCUGGGGGCUGGUGUUCUCCAGCGUGGGAGACACCUGCCUGGUCUGGCAGCAGCUAUUCCUCCCAGGCAUGGUGGCCUUCGCUCUGGCUCACGUCUGCUACAUCUGGGCCCUGGGCCUGCGUCCUGCCCGCCCCGAGCUCCUGCUGCUGCUGGCACUGGCCUGGGCGGGGGCCUACACGAUGCUGUGGCCCUGCCUGAGGGGCCCCUACGUGCCGGCCGUGGGGGGCUACGGGGCGCUGCUGGCGGCCAUGGGCUGGCGGGCCCUGGCCCAGUCUCCCCCCAACCUGGCCAUGGCCACCGGCUCCCUGCUCUUCAUGGCCUCUGACCUGGUCCUGGCCAGGGACCACUUCUGCGCCCCGGUGCCCUGGGCCCGGCUCAUCGUCAUGGGCACCUACUACGCGGCCCAGGGGCUGAUCGCAGCCGGGGCCCCCCGCGCCAGCCCCCACUGGAAGGAGAGCUGAGCCGGGCGCCCGCGACCUCUGACCCCAUCCGCGCCAACCCGCCGGGGGUGCCUGUGACCUCUGACCCCAUCCACGCCAACCUGCUAGUGACCCCGACGACCUCUGACCCCAUCCACGCCAACCUGCUGGUGACCCCGGCGACCUCUGGCCCCAUCCACGCCAACCCGCCGGGGGCGCCCGUGACCUCUGACCCCAUCCACGCCAACCUGCUGGUGACCCCGGCGACCUCUGACCCCAUCCACGCCAACCCGCUGGGGGCGCCCGUGACCUCUGACCCCAUCCACGCCAACCUGCUGGUGACCCCGGCGACCUCUGACCCCAUCCACGCCAACCCGCUGGGGGCGCCCGUGACCUCUGACCCCAUCCACGCCAACCUGCUGGUGACCCCGGCGACCUCUGACCCCAUCCACGCCAACCUGCUGGUGACCCUGGGGCCAGCGAGAACCAGCCGCCCUGGGAGUUGGUUCCUUGACCUACGACCCCGGGGCCUAGGAGCACCAACCUGCCCAACCAAUAACCUGGAAGUUAUUGCCUUGACCUAUGACCCUGCUCACUGGCCAGCAGGCCCAAUUACAGCUGAUUUGAUGA